AUGUUGAGCCACGAUUCAAUCGGUUUGGUUGUGACUCAUAGCGGUUGGAUUGAAUGGUACGUGAUCCCUUGGGAUGAGACGGAAGGUUUCUUUACCAAAGAAAUCGUUGCUAAGUCGUUGAGAUUGGUAAUGGAAGAUGAAGAAGGAAAGGUCUAUAGAGAGAAUGUGAAGGAGAUGAAAGGUGUUUUUGAAGACAUGGAUAGGCAAGAUCGUUAUGUUCAUUCUUUCGUAGAUUAUCUAGUUGCUAAUCGUUAA